CGGGUUCGGCAUGGGCGGCGGCGGCCAGCAGCAGCAACAGCAGCAACAGCAGCAGCAGCAGCAGCCCAUGCAGCAGCAACCCGGCGGCCAGCCGGGCCAGCAGCAACAGCAACAGCAGCCCGGCGGUCCCAAUAUUAUGGGCAAAAUCCAGGAGAUGGCCGCACCAGGCGGUGACAUCCUGUCCAAGGGCAAGGAGCUAAUAUUUAUGAAAUUCGGUCUCGGCGGUAAAUAACCCCAGGCGUUUGAUUAUGAUUAUCGUUAUGGUUCUUAUCGUUGUGGCAGCGGUCAGCGGACGACCACCACCAUUAUCCGUUGCACCGUUCAGUGGCUUCAGUAGGGCGGGCGGGUGGAUCCCUCCCAGGGGAACGGGUUUCGGCCCCUGUACUCCCAGCAAAAAAAAACUUAGAAAACGAUAAACCGGAAACCACGAACACGAAAAAAACACACAACAACACAGUCGGCCCAGGGGGCGGACAGGUCCCAGUCACUAUCUCGUUGUCAGCUUUAAGCCAGUUAUUCCGCGCACGAUCACGCACCGCACGAUAGUAGGGUGCCAGGGCGUUGCAGGCGAUUGGGUGAAGGGUUUCUCUAUCUUUUUUGCUUCCGGUCGGGGAUCCUGGACCGGAAGUCAGGCGUAGACGGCCUGUGUACAGGAGCAACGCUGUAUCGAGCUGUAUCUUGCUUUUCGCAACCACGCGCAUCCAAACACACAAACCCAACAAACACUCUAUUCCACAGUUCUAAGUCGAUCUCUCUCUCUCUCUCUCUCAGUAUAAGACACACCACUCAGUCCACUAGUGAAAUCGGCAAGCAGGCAGUUAGGCAACAACUAGAAAAUUCUAACUUUAUGAUUCUGUAGCUAGCGAGAAAAAUGAACUAAAAAGCGCAACCCAACACACAGACACGUAAACAGCGGGGAUGUUCUUUUUUUCUCUCUCAGUGGCCCUAGGAUGGGAACCAAAGGAUAGUAUUGAGCAAUCGCUGCUAAUUAUUACAUGAAACCACUACACAGACUCACACACACACACCUACCAGUGUUGCAGGAUGACGCUCUAUUCGUUAUCGUUUUCAAAAGCCCCGGAAAGUGGAGGCCCGACUGUCUCAGAACCUAUGGCGCGGGCUUUGUAUAUAUUAAUAUAAAUAUAUAUGAAAAGAAGAAAAAACAGUUAUUCUAUUACCGGCCAUUUAUCGGCCACCGACGCUUCACGCCGGCGUUUUUCACGUUGAAAUUUAUCGGUCAAGCUUGCGCUAGAGGAGACCUUGGCAAAGGAUUGCGUCUUGCGUUGUUUUGAGUUUUUGGAAAACUUUACAUUCCCCACUGCGUUCGCGGUGAAGAGUACGCACGGUUACGCACAGAGAAAACCUUCCGGAACGGGGAGCUAAACACUAGGAGCUAACGGGGCGAAGAGGAAGAGGAGAUCAAAAACAGGUCGAUGUUGUGUUAACUAACUGUUUGUGUUAAUGUUUAAAUGUUUGCCCGCGGUUUCGCCUUCGAAUCGCCCUCCCGGGCGGCCGCCAUUUUUCUUUUCCCGUGUCCCACUUCCGGCCCGUUUCAAAGUUGGCGGUGGUGUUGCGCCGUGAGCGCCGAACUCUGUCCAUUUUCGCUGGCACAUGCUGUCCCGUUGUUGUUGAGACAGACCGACGUGAGUCAAACAUUCUUUCGAUACAUGUGCAACGUGACCAUUCCAUUCGUGUAACUUCCUACUUCCGCUUACUGUAAAGUGCUUUCAUGGGUGUUCGCGGGCUCGGCCGGGAGGACAGGGGGACAGUGCUACAAUCAGGGCCAGUGAUUAAGGUGUAAAUGCAACUAUACUUACGGCAGUGGUAGCUAAUCGUUAAACUAAACAAGGCAUGUUUUCUCGUCAGCAAACUAGUCCAUCUGUUAUUCUCUAGCUAAACACAGAAAAAAGACCCACGGGACACGGGCCCGGGAACCGCAGUCCGCAGUCCUUACGCCGCUGGCUCGUGCGGCAGAGAAGUCAAACAUUGACAGAAAGGAAAACACGAACGAACCGGAACACGGACGUUGGCUCGGCUCCAGACCAGAUAUCUAAUGAAACGUUGUUGCGUGUUGUGUUGCAGUUGCGGAAGCGUGAAAUUAACAAAACGACGGAAAAUAAAACAAGAGAAACGUAAAUUAGUCAUACCAUUACACAGUAGUCGGUCAGUAGUGGAGCUGCGCGUAAUGUAAGUUAUCGAACGGAAACGGUGUACGAAGCAAACUAGGUGCAAAUUGAGUAGCAAAACGUGAGUUGAUUUGAAAGUUACAAACGGAAGCAAACUAGGAAGGUCGCAACAGAAGAAGCGUUAGAUCGCAGAACACAAGAGAAAGAGAACGGAAAAUAAGAAAGAGAAACGAGAGUUAAAGGAAGGACGAGAUAAGUAAGUAAAAAAGCAUACAAAUCUUAAGUAAAUGAAACGGUGAUAUUUACAUUUAGAGCGAAUCGUUACCCAUAUCAUUCAGUCCCUUCGCUAACACACACACAGUCACAUUCCGCAAACGAUCGCAUACAUACACAGCAUUGCACCGAGGCAGCGAGAGGAGAUGGGAAAAAUCAUACCAUUGUGACCAUAUCGUGCUAAAUGGUGACUUCAAUAGAGGUGUCUCAGCGACAUUCGGAAGGUCCACCAGAUUCGCUAAAUACGGACAAAAUAAAUGUGGAGCUACUGCAAAUUGUAUUCCGUGCAAAUGGGGACGAAAUUGGGGCAAAAAGUCGAAUAGCCGGAGGAAACACUAAAACCAUAAAUCAAACUGUUGCGCCGUAUUCACGUCAUGCUUCUUUAAGUGCUGUUUCACGAAAUGUCUAGUAAAACAAACAAAUAAAAAGCGGAAGAGUAACGCGUUAAGUCAACCGAGAGGGUUAGUAAGUUAAAGGUUAAAUUACAUUAAUAAAGCGACGAGGGUUAGAGGAAAUUUCUCGGUCACCGGCUAGAAAGGUGAACGAGAAAUGGGAAGAUUAUGGCACAGAACUCGUCAAUCAAAUCGCAAAGUAGUUUAGUGUUAUGGGCAGAUACAAACAAACAAACAAAAAUAAAAGGCAACAUAAAAAAUCUAUCAAAAACGAACAGCCGAGGGCGAAGAAUGUUGAAUGAAAUAGUAAUACAUAUGUUAAUAAAAGACACAACCAGGACUAUGCGUAGUGCCACAUCCAGUGGAGGAACAGACACACACACACACAAACACACACACAUACACAUACACACACACACUACACGAGAAGGUAGGAAGCAGAAAGGCAUAAUUGUAAGCGCGUCUUUAGCACAAUACCAUACUAAAAAUACAAGAAAAAUGUUCGCCAUAUCGCGUCAGCGCCUCUAGGAGAAACAAACCAAAAUGGCAUAAGCAAGAUGAAGACAACACUAGCGUGAAGCGAUGCGAUGGAGCCGCAAGCAGCAGGAAAACAACAAAAAAAAACAAAAGAUACAAACGUCGAUGCAUUGUGCAAAUAUCUCUACCACACAUACCUUUAUCGCUAUCAGAUAACUGCAAAUAAAAGAG